GACCUAUGAAAUUAGUAACGUGGUUACUAACGUCUGCUGAGAUGUUAAAAAUGCUUCGUACGAAUCGACAUCUACAAACGUUUUAGUUCAUUGGCAAUAUACAGGAAGCCAACAUAAUCGUAGCUUGUAAUUAAAACGAAAAAAUACUUUUUUACUCUCCAAUAAUAAAAUCAAGAAUUAAAUUAUAGGUAUAUAAAACUUGAAAAAGAAAGGUAUACAUACGUACAAGACUUGCAGUUAUUUGUGAUCGCAUUUACGUAUGUAUGUAAUAUUAUACAUACAUACACUAUACACAUAUAUACAAUAUAUGUAUAUAUACACAUGAUACGUUUGAAGGAGGAUUCAAAUACUGAUCAAGAUGUUUGGUUUAGAGCAAGGGUAUUCCCACAGUAAUAUUAUGACAUUGCAAGUAAAAUACAAUAGCUUAUAUGAAGAAUUCUUAUCUGUGGCUGAUUCUUGCAUUAAUGAAAGAAUAUUAAAAGUACUCAAAGAAUAUUAUACACCACAAAUAGAUUCAAAUCGCAAAUUAAGUCAAAUUAAAGAUUUAAGAACAUUAUUAAAAGUGUUGGAAAAAAGGGAUUAUCUUAGUUACAAUAAUGUUGAACCACUUUUUUAUAUCUCAAUUAAUUUUCUAAAUGAUUUAAAAAUAGAAAGUAAAAUAAGAGAUUAUAAAUUUCAUUUGCAAAAUAUGCAAACCUUUCCACUUAUAAACAUGUAUCAAAGUAAAGAUGCAAAUAAAAACAAGAAAGAAACAGACAUAUCAAAUGUAAUUAAAAGUGAUAUAUCACAAUCAAAAAUACCUACUAAUGAUUCUAAAUAUCAAACAUCACAAAGUAAUGUAGAAAGUUGUAGAACAGUUUUGGAACAAAAAGCAAUAUUACAACAAACGUUAUUAUUACAAAUUAGUGAAAGAAUUGGUCGUUCUUGGAGAGAUACAGCCAGGUAUUUAAAUAUUCCUGAAUACCAAAUUGAUGCAAUCCAAAAUAAAUACCCUUCUGAUUUAAGGGAACAAAGUUUUGAACUUUGUAGGCUUUAAAGUUAUAUGUAUCCCAAUACGACACUGGCAACUGGGAACUAAACUUAAUACGUGCAUUGGAAAAGGCAAGACGCAGAGAUCUCAAAGAACUUGCUGAAAAAUUUAUAAUAAAUAACGGUAAAGAUUAAAUAAUUUAU